AUGUCCAAAAAAGAGAUUGCCUUCCAUGGGCUUAUGGCUGCUGUGGUCCUUGUGACUGCACUGCUAACUCGAUGUAGAUUGCAUAAGGAUUUGGAGGAUAUGCGAUGGCAUUUAACUAUCUACGGUGUAACCGUUCGAGAUACCUUCGGAAAUCCUGUACAACUCGCUAGUUACACCGGUCAGGUGAUGCUCAUCGUUAAUAUUGCCUCCAAAUGCGGACUCACUACAUCGCAGUACAGUGGUCUGCGGAAAUUAUUAGAGAAAUACGAAGACCGCGGCCUGAGAAUCCUUAACUUUCCCUGCAACCAAUUUGGCAGCCAGAUGCCCGAGACUGAUGGCCAGGAAAUUUUAGACCACAUGCGCAAAGAAGGAGCCAACAUAGGACACCUCUUUGCCAAGAUAGAUGUGAAGGGAGCAAGGGCAGAACCACUCUAUAAGCUGUUAACUCGUCAGCAACACGAUAUCGAGUGGAAUUUUGUGAAGUUCCUGGUGGAUCGAAAGGGGAAUAUCCACAAGAGAUAUGGCGCUGAACUGGAACCAGCUGCCCUGACCGAUGACAUAGAGCUGCUCCUCGGGAGAUGAGUCCGAAUAAAUAACGCAACAUGCGCAUUUGUGCUCAGUGGCUUUCAUAACUGCGACAACGAAACGCCUUAUCAUUGGGGAUUACUGUUGCUGAUGUUGGCAUCACAUGCCAAGCGAUUUCUU